AUGUCGUUCCCCCGCUGUGCCUUAUCCUUCCUGGGGCAAACCACAGUUCGUAGAUUCCUCGGCCAACAACAGCCCCUUUGCCACACAUCCCACCAAAUACGACAGUAUUCGCCGUCCAUAGACUAUCAGGUCUCCUCAACAAGAUCGACUAUUGCUCAAAUCCUCAACCACAUCGACUCCCAGCGAACUGCAGCACAGUACCUCUCUCACUUCACCACACCCCAGUCCCCUACACAACAGCCCUUCGCGGUCAUCAAGGUCGGCGGAGCGAUACUCGAUACCCACCUCCAUACCCUCGCAUCAAGCCUCGCCUUCUUCAGUCGUAUGGGCCUAUACCCCGUUAUCGUGCACGGGGCCGGACCCCAGCUCAACAAGAUCCUCGAGGAUGCAGGCGUGGAACCACACUUCGAAGAGGGAAUCCGCGUGACAGAUGGCAAAACCCUAGCUCUUGCUCGGAGACUCUUCCUCGACGAGAACCUUAAAUUGGUUCAAGCGCUCGAAGAAAUCGGGGUUGAGGCGCGGCCGAUCACAGCGGGUGUGUUCCAGGCUGAGCACCUCGAUCAGGAGAGAUAUGGUCUUGUUGGACGGAUAACGAAGGUGAAGACGGCGCCGAUUGUUUCGGCGAUGAGGGCGUCUUGCCUACCCAUUCUUACGUCUAUGGCGGAGACGAGGGAUGGACAGGUGCUUAAUGUGAAUGCGGACCUUGCGGCUAGUGAGCUGGCAAGGGCGUUGAAGCCGAAGAAGGUGGUUUAUCUUGCUGAGAAGGGGGGCUUAAUGCAUGGAGUGACGGGCAAGAGGAUUGAGAGGAUCAAUCUGAGCGAGGAGUUUGAGAACCUCAUGGCUCAAGAGUGGGUGAAGUAUGGGACGAGGUUGAAGAUUCGUGCUGUGGAGGAACUUUUACGUGGCUUACCGGGUACGUCCAGUGUGUCGAUUGUUCAUCCCGUGGAUUUGCAGCGGGAGGUCUUUGCGGCCUCUGGUGCAGGGACUUUGAUUGAGCGCGGAACGAGGAUCUAUAGUACUACUUCUGCGGAAUUUAGGGAUGAGGAGAGGUUGGUACAUGCUUUGGCACGGCAGGGAGCCGGGGACGACGAGGUGAGGUUUUGUGUGAAUGAGAUGCGGAGGAAUCGGCCGCUCAAGAUGUAUUUCAAUGAUCCGUCAUCUUUGAGUCCGUUGGCCGUCGUUGCAUUUGCCUCUGGUGGCGCACCGCAUUUGAUCACGUUCCCGAGUGGAAUUAUGGGUGCGGGUGCUGUUGCUGGUGAUAUGUUUGCUCGUAUCACCAAAGACUUUCCCCAGCUGGUCUGGAAUGUCCGUGAUGAUGAUGACAGACUUGAGUGGUUUUCGGCUCGCGCAACGGGGAGGUUUCAGCAUGGAGGUUGGGUUAUGCUUUGGUACGGGUUGAAUCAGCAGGAGGCUAGACAGUUGAUAUUGGGGUCCCAGGAUGGUUAUCAGGGGGAUGGGGUGGGUUUGGAAACGGCUGAUAUCCAGGCGCUCGCUGCUCAGGCAUGA